UAUGGAGCCCCCUAAUUGCAGUAGGUCACAGAAGCCGGCAUCGAAGGCCCAGGCUCUCAGUUAUUCGGAGCCUGAUCUGUGGAGGAAUGGCCUCCUGCGCAAGUUUGGGAACCUCACUUGGCACAAGCGACGGAGUAGCCAUCUUGAACUCUCUCAGCACCCUGGGUACCUGGCAAGUGCUCCUUGGUCGAUGGGGCGGCUUCAGAGACCAGCUGUUGGCAGUGACAUGGAUAUGAGGAGCAGGGCUGAUUUUUAUCCUGCUGAAAAUCAACCUGAAAAGCAGGAGAGACCUGAGCCUUCAUCUAGGCUAAGUGAAACACACUCUCUAGGGACCAGCCCAGAACCCUCCACAUCCUUGGACUCUUUGCCAUGUUGGGGAGAUGGAAGCUCUUGGGAAGGGUCUUUCUCCAUCAGUAAUUCUUCUCUGUGCUGCCCAGCGGCUCCCGAAAUGAAAGGAGAAACCCUCAAGCUCCCAUCAGUCCAGGAAGAAACCAGAAAGGCCCCCAAGCCUGCCUCAGAAUGGGCUGAAAGUGUAUUUGAAGGGUAUUUGACCACGGGGACGUCCCACCCUGUUGUUACAGAACAGAUGGAGAACCUGAGCUUCAGCAGUUGCCUUGGAGAGUCUGUCUCUGAGCACGUCGGUGGUGCAGAGGAUGCUAAGACGGUGACAGCAAACCUACCUGUUGAUCAGCCUCUGGAGGUAGCAGAUUCUGCCUCGGCCAUUAAAACCAGCCUGGGCAAGAAUGCCCCAAAGAUCCGCUAUGAGAUAAUGAUUACAAUGACCAAGGAGGUGGAGAGGGCUGAAGCAGAACCCACAUUCAGUUGUGGUGAAAGAAGCCUGUCGUGUCACCCGUCUGGGGAGGAAACACUUUCUCUGGGGGUUGCUGAGUUAGAGGAAAGAAAGGAGCUACGUCACCAGGAACCAGCUAGACCAGCUACCCAGCUGUCAGUGAGUGAGGAAUUCCAAAACUGCAGAGAGCUGCAUGGGGUGGGAACCUGUAAGGUGUGCGGGCCAAUACUGACUCUUGCCACUGGGAGCCCAGCAACGCUGCAGUGGGGAUCGGAGACCAGCCCAGGAGUGGGUGAGGCAGACCAGAGUGAAACUGAUCAACUGCACUCAGAGGAUGGUGUGCUGGCGAAAGAGACAAACAUCGUAGCAGUAGGAUCCCCGGCCAACAGCUUUUCUGAGUCAAGAGGACUCUCCGUGGCACCUGACAGCAAAAAACCUCAGCCUACAGGAACGUUUGACAUUGGAAGAGGCCUCCUUUGCACUCAGUACAGAAUGGAGGAGGUCGCUGGUGGGUCUCACUCUUCUAAGAGCAGGUCAGGGGGAUCCACUGCCACUGCCUUGCUCAGAAGGAAGACAGCACCUUCUGAUCUACUGAAGGAAGAGACCAAACCUUCCUUUGGCAAAGUCUCGGCUGUGACACAGAUGUUGGAGAGAGGAAGUACCAGGACCAGAGGCAACAGCCCCUCCAGAGUGUCUUUGUUGCUCGAGGCCUGGGAGAAAGGGCUUGUAGGCACGGGCACCAUUGGCUCAACUUCCUCAACAGGCAUCAGGGACUCCCGUUCCCCCGUGCCCACCAGGCGCGGCUUUUCAUCCAGAGAUGCUCCCCACCCACUUCUCUCAGAAAAUACCAGGAGUUCUCUUUCGCCAACCAAUGCCAGGCAGCCCAUUUCUCCAGCAGGUAGCAGGCAACCCCUUUUCCCACCUGAUACCAGGCGGCCCCUUUCCCCAGCAGAUAGCCAGCGGCCCCUUUUUCUAGCAGAGACCAGGAGGUCCCGAUCUCCAGCACAUACCAGGCUGUCUUCCUCACCAGCAGAGACCAGGAACUCCUUCUCUUCAGCAGAGACCAGGCGGUCCCGAUCUCCAGCACAUACAAGGAGGUCUUCUUCACCAGCAGAGACCAGGAACUCCUUCUCCUCACCAGAGACCAGGCGGUCCCAAUCUCCAGCAGAUGAAAAGGAGUCACCAUCUCUGGCAGACACCAGGAACUCCUUCUCUUCAGCAGAGACCAGGCGGUCCCGAUCUCCAGCACAUACCAGGAGGUCCUCUUCACCAGCAGAGACCAAGAACUCCUUCUCCUCCCAUUCUCCAGCAGAUAUAAAGCAAUCUCCAACAGAUACCAGGAACUCCUUCUCCUCACCAGAGACCAGGCGGUCCCAUUCUCCAGCACAUACCAGGCAGUCUCCUUCCCCGGCAGAGACUAGACGGUCCCAUUCUCCAGUAGAUAAAAGGCGGACUCCAUCUCCUGCAGAUACCAGACACUCCUUCUUCCCAUCAGAGACCAGGCGGUCCCGUUCUCCAGCACAUACCAGGCGGUCUCCUUCACCAGCAGAUGCCUUGUUAUCCUUCUCAGAGAACAGGCGGUCCCAUUCUCCAGCAGAUUUAAGGCGGUCUCCUUCUCUAGCAGACACCAGGCUUUCUUUCUCCCCAUCACAGACCAGGCGGUCCCAUUCUCCAGCAGAUAUAAGGUUUUCUUCACCAGCAGAGACCAGGCGUUCCCUUUCGCCUGCAAAUAGCAGGACAUCUUGCCUCAUGACAGAUACCCAGGGCUCAGCAAGUUCCCAGCCUUUGCCUCCUCCAGUAGAGAGCCGCUACUCAUCUGCUGCAGCAGAUGACCAUUGCUCCUCUUCCCCAGCAGAUAUACAGUGUUCAUCUUCUUUACCUGUUGACAAAUACUCAUAUUCUGUGGCAGAUAUUAGACGCUUAUAUUCCUCGGCCAACACCAAGUGUCCAUCUUCCCCAGCAAACACCAGGCACCCAGUUUCUUCAGCAGAAACCAAUCACCCAACUUCUCUGGCAGAUGCCAGACAACCAUCUUCCUCAGCAGACACCAAGCAGACAUUGUGUUCAGCAGAAAACAAGCUCCCAACCUCCCCAGUAAACGGCAAACACACAUCUUCCCCGUCAGACGCCAAGUGCCUAUCUUCCUCAGCAGAACCCAAGCACCCAUUUUCUUCUGCAGAAAGCAAGCGCUCCUCUUCCCCAGCAGGUUCUAGAAGUUUCUCUCCCACAUCAGAUAGGAAGCUCUCCUCUUCUCCCAGCCCACGGAGAGAUUUUACAGCUCACGGUCCUGUGUUUGCUCAGGUAUACACCCCAGCUCCAAAGCCAAAGAGUCUGUCAGGAACAGAGACACAAGAUGCUAAUAGCAACAUAGUAGCUGGAUCCCAGGCAGGAAACCACUGCGGUAGUGCUACUAACACCCCUCUGGCAACUACAUUUCAGAGAGGGGACCUCAUCUCAAGCACAGAUAGCUCUCAGGAAGAACUUCUCCCUGUUAUUCCUAUCAGCACUGCGGCAAUAGAAUCCCAGAGGGAAAGCCAUGUGCCAAAUGGUGCUAGCUCCAGUAUAAUCACCAGAUCCCUGACAGAAAGUGCCCAGCCCAGUGCCAUAAUACUUAGAUCCCAAACAGAAAACUACCAGUCGCAAGUUGCCAACACUACUUCAUUGGGUGGAUCCCCGGGGGAAAGUUACAUGCCCAGCACCACAAGCACUAAACCUCCCAGUGGGCCCUGUGUGCUAAGUCCCUUGCCUCGUGUUGUAAGCUCCAGCACUGUAGCCAAAUCUCAAACCCAGUGGUAUGGCCCCAACGGCAACAGCAUGGUCGUCUUUAGGUCUGAACGACAAGUCAUCAUACCCCAAGCUGGAACCACCACUGUCUACAGAGCAGGGCAAGAAAUUAUCAUGUCCAGCCCUGGGACAGGGAGUGCAAGCAUAGCCCAGCAAGGAAAGUCCCUUGUGCCAAGCUCUAUCAGCUCCCUGCCGCCAAAAGAAAACUUGCAGUCCCAGAGUGACCUCCCUGAUGACAAGUCCCCACAGGGGAGCCCUGCAUCCCUUCCAGAUGAUGUUUACAACUGCUCCAUAGCAGGAUCCGAGCAAGAAAGCUGCAUGACUCAAUCCAGAAGUGCCGGUGUGAGUGACGCCCAAAGGCAAAGGUGUAUGUUUCUGCCAAACCCUGCAUUCACAUCAAAUAGAGAUGCUACCACACUCAGGGAGGGAGUUGCUCCUUUGAGCACGUCCGAGAGAGACUGCAGCCCGCACACCAAACCUGCAUUCCAGAGGCACAGCAACUUGUUUACAUCAAGCAGGUCUGAAAGGGAACAAAGCAUGCCUGAUCCAGGUGGCCCUGUAACAAAUGGGUCAGAACAGGAGAACAACCUCUCAAGAGCAAAGAAGGCCAACACAUCUGCAUCCCAAGGACUUUGUUGCUCUUCAGAUGCUGCAGAAGAAACCAGCAUGCUUAGAACCUCUGCUGAAUCCCAGGAAUCUGUGGCAAGGGAACAAAAACCCACCGUCUGGAAUGAGCUAAGGGAAGAACAAGGCUACCCCAGAAAAGACUCCCCUGCAUUUGCACUGGAACCAGCCAUUCCCCCUACCGAAACGAACUCCACCCAUGAACCUCCAAGCCAGGAAGCAGGACACAGCAGCAGGACAGCAGAAGAGGAACCUGAAGAAGCUGUGGACAUGGAGCUUUUUGUAGACACCCUCCGUAAUAUGGAGCCCCCUGAACUCCACAAGCCCCUGAAGCUCCUCCCUAGGCCCCCACGUCCUUCCACUUUUGCAAAGCACACGUCCCUUCCACCUAUCGACGAGGACCACAUUGCUCCCAAGUCAAAGCUUCCUCUCCCAGCAGCAAUAGGUGAGCUGUUCGCUCUUACCGAGGAGAAGAACUCAGAGGCAGAAAAAGAAACGGAGGAGGAGGAGGAGGAAGAUGAGAUGGAGGAAAUAGAGAACCCAUAUCUUACCAAGGAUGAAAAGUCAUGGGAGAACAGCCAGGCCAGAGAGUCGUACCCUUGGGAAAACAAGACAUUCAAGACCGAGGAAGAUAUUGGCUCUUUCCUGGGGAAGUUGCAGGAAGGGGCUGCAGACGCCAAGGCCAAAGCCAUCGCUCCUAAAGCGAUAGCCAACCAGAGCAACUUAAUCAGAGCAAACAUUCUCAAGGGGCUUACUCUUUUGUCUGGCUUCUCAGACAAGAAACCUGUGGAAGAUAAGCCUUAUUCUCGCUUGGACAACAGUCUCCUCUACAGCAGGUUCAUCUCCCCAGAGAAAUCUCAACAAAAAGUCCUGGAAAAAAGGAAAGAAGGGAGAGAUUUGCCCACACUCCUGGCUCCGGCUGCCCAAAAAGUCAACAGGGAAUGCCAGACAUCUCCAAAUGAGCUUCUGCUGAAGGCACCUGAAAAUCCGAGUUCUGAGUCACCGCCAUCUGCGCUACAAGCUGAGCCUGCCUUUGGGGUGCUAGGUGGAGACAAUAGCUCCCAGCAGGUUACUCUUCUGUCUAUAGAAACAGACUCUCUUCCCCAGUCGAAAGCUCAGCAAGAGGAAAAGAAGCUGCCGACGAAGAUUAAUGUGCGACCUGGAAAGAUCAUUCUGUACUCUGAGGCAGGCUUUGGGGGUCAGAAGAGAGAAAUAUGGGGUGAUAUCACUGAUGCCACAUCUUGGGAGCUCUGCCACACCAUCUCCAUCCGAGUGAUCCGUGGAGGCUGGGUAAUGUACGAGAAGCCACGGUUCCAUGGGCGGAAGUGUGUGCUGGCAGAAGGGGAUGUGGAGAUCACCAACCCUUGGAGAAUAUUCCACAAAGAAGGGGCAGCAGCUGCGAAUGCUCCAUUCCAUAUCGGCUCACUCAAGAGGGUUGUGCGGGAUUACAGGAUUCCUGAGAUCAGUUUGUUUUCUGAGGAGAAUGGAGAAGGCAGAAAACAGAAGUUCACAGAUUCCGCAGAGGACACACGAAUUCACAACCAGCCAUUGCAAGCAGCUUCUAUAAUAGUGCACUCUGGCCUGUGGCUUGUUUACUCAAAACCCUUCUUUGACGACGAUCCUUAUGUCUUAGAACCCGGUGGGUAUCCCAGUUUGCGAGCCUGGGGAGCCAAGGACCCCUCAAUCUGCUCCAUGCAUCCAAUUAAGAUGGGCUGUCCUGUCGUGGAAAGGCCUGGCGAGCCCAAGGCUCUCAUCUAUGAGAGGCCACAUUUUCUGGGUCAUAGCUGGGAAGUAAGCAGAGACAUUUACAACCUGAAGAAGCCAGAAAACAACCAGGACUCCAAGAUGUCUACUGCAGGCUCUCUGAAAAUCCUGGGAGGCUGCUGGAUCGGUUAUGAGAAGGAAGGUUUCCGUGGGCACCAGUACCUGCUGGAAGAAGGAGAGUACAAUGACUGGACACAGUGGGGAGGCUACAAUGAAGAACUAGUGUCACUUCGGCUGAUUCGGACGGACUUCUUAGACCCGGCCCUUGUGCUGUUUGAGGCCAUGGACUUUGAAGACGGGCCCAGCGUUGAGCUCAGUGAAGCGUUGCCAGAUGUUGAGCUGGCCAGCUACGGGACUACAACACAAUCCAUCCAUGUCCUCAGUGGAGUGUGGGUGGCCUAUGAAGAUAAGAAUUUCUCAGGGGAGCAGUAUAUCCUGGAGAAAGGAGUGUACCGCAACUGUGAAGACUGGGGUGCAAGCAGCUGCCAGAUCUCCUCGGUGCAACCUAUCCUACAGGUUGGGGAACACAGUCUACACUUCAUUUCUCAGAUCCAACUCUUCUCAGAUCCAGACUUCUUGGGGAAUUAUGUCUCUUUCAAGGAAGACCAAGCCUCACUUCCAGAGAAUUUCAUCCCACGCUCCUGCAGGGUCAAUGGAGGCAGCUGGAUUCUCUAUGACUGCCCCCAGUUUGAUGGAGAGCAACACAUUCUCUCUGAAGGCGAGUACCCAACACUGACCUCCAUGGGCUGCCUCUUCACCACAUCCAUCCGCUCGCUGAAGAAAGUCCCCAUUUUCUUCUCAGAGCCCUCCAUCUUCCUACAUGGACUGGAGUGUUUCGAAGGGAAGGAGAUCGAGCUGAACAGUGAAGUGCGCAGCCUUCAGGCUGAGGGAUUCAACAACCAUGUCCUCUCUGUGCGGGUAAAGGGUGGAAUUUGGGUGCUGUGUGAACACAGCGACUUCCGAGGCCGCCAGUGGCUCCUGGACUGUAUGGAGAUCACCAACUGGCUGACAUACAGUGGACUUCAGCACAUCAGUUCCCUUUACCCCAUCCGGCAGCGACGCAUCUACUUCCAAAUAAAAAACGAAGAGUUGAAGUCCUUCCUGUCUGUCCCGGAUGACGUUGAAGACAUGAAAGCUGGGCGAGUUCUGGUCUCAGAGCUCAAUGGCAAGAGCAGCUCCAUCUGGUACUAUGAAGAGGGGCUUGUGAAGAACCAGGUUGCGCCCAACAUGAGCCUGCAGGUGAUUGGUCCAGCUGCAAAGGGAUCCAAGGUGGUGUUGUGGUCUGAGAGCCGACUGCCCCGGCAGACUUGGCAAAUCGAUUCCUUUGGGAGAAUCUGCAGCCAGAUGUUUGAAAACAAGGUCCUGGAUGUGAAAGGAGGCCGAACCUAUGACCGGGACCAUGCCAUCCUCUGGGAUUCUUCGGAGGAAAGGCCUACACAGAUCUGGGACGUCCGGGUGCUUUGAAGAAAGCAGGAAUUGGAGAGCCGUGUCACGUGCAGAACUAGAAUCCAGCCUGCAAGUCACAGACGUUUGUCCUUUUGUGACCAAGCUGCAUCUUUGGGGAUUAGCUGCUGAAAUGGAUAAGUGACUGGGUGCUGCAUUUGGUUAGUAGGUGCAAUCCUUUCUCCACAGAUUGCAGCCCAGAAAGAGGAGAAUGUUUCUGUGAAGCACAGAGAUUCUGUCCCCUCAAGGGACUCUGUAGAGGGAAGGAGACAAAAGCUGGUUCUUUUCCAACAAAUUGGAGCUGAGCCCAGCAAGAUGGAGAUUACUGGCGAGUUCUGAUACGUGGAUCAUUCAUGAAUGGACAAGUUCAAGCAGCUCACCUGUGCGAGCACAGGAAAGCAAGCUGCCAAAGCCUCACAGGUGUCCCCAGCCCUGCUGGUUUAGGCUUAUAUAUGAAUAUCUAAAAUGAACACACACAUACAGAAUGAAUGAGCCUUUUGUCCUUGCAUGCAGCCCAUUCCCUUUCCCCUGUGCUCUUCUUCCUAAGGGGAUGGGCUACCUUGUAAACUCUAUUUAUGUACCUGUGUAUGAUACGAUGCCUUUUAUAAAUCCAUCUCUCUG